GAAAAGCUCCGCCCUUUUCUGCAACCUCCACGAUCUUGAGGAGCGGGGAAGUAUGUCAUUUCUUGAGUUGCUGCAGUGCGUCCUCUGCUGUGAAGAGGAAGACGUUUAUGACUACCGCCAAGCUCAGAGAGAUCUUGGGCAUGGCGGUCCUCUACUUGAUCGAAUUCGCAGCGCCUUUGGUUUAUUGCGCACGCAUCAUCAUAGAGGACGCGAAUCGCGAUCGGAGGCUUCACAGUCACUGCUCUGGAAUACCCACAACCCAUCACCUCUCAAAUUCACGCCUCCUUCCUCAUCAUCCUCCCCUCGCCAUGUCGUCGUGCACAACCCAAUGAGCAGAGACCCCAUCAGGCCUAAAAAUGAGCCAAAUUUGACCAGGACUGUCGGUGGCAGUGGCUUAACCCAGUCUUCUCACUUCACAUCUCCGUUCAAAGCAGUCGCUUCGGCUUCUCCGAAACCAUCCCCUUCUGUAUCAAAGCCGUCAACCGCCACUUCUAGCGAUCCGUUUGUUUCCCCGGCCGAACCGGCGGCCAUCUCGGCUCACUCGAAUCAGUAUGUGUCGAAGUCAUCUGAAUGUUCCAAUGAGCCGUCUUUAUCUCGCUUGCUACAUCCUUCUCUUUCAAAAGCGUCCUCACCAACUCCACAAGUGCACCAACAUUCUUCUCCAAUUCCUGAACCGUUUAAACGGGUCCAACAUCCAGUUUUUUUGGACACCAAACCGCCACCAAUCUCCGCUCACUCGAAUCAGAAUGUAGCAAAACCGCCUCCGCCUUCCUAUCAGCCAUCUUCAUCUCGUGUGCAGUCUCCUUCUUGGUCGAAAACAACGUCGCCUACCCCGAAAGCGCAAGAACGCUCUGCUAAACAAUAUAAGCCAGUCUUACGUGCAGUUUCCCCAGUUUCGCCGGAUCAGCAAAAGGAGACUGUUUAUGUUCAGAAAGAUACUUCCCCUCUUUACAACGUCCCCGAGGAUAUUGAGGAUUUGAUCAAGCGAGACAUUGUGCCAGGCGUUCUUCAGAAACCACUGUCUCCCUUGACCUAUAGGGACUAUUUUGCAGCUCUUCUAUAUGCGGAGGACGUCUACAUUGAGAAAUGGACCGAUUUCAUUCAGGAGGAUGUCACUUUGGAGCUGCAUCAAUUGACUAUUUACAAGAAUGUAUUGGACAAUGAUUUCGCCGAGGAGAAAACUUAUGUCAAAUUCAAGAUGGAAUCUGUACCUGGGCGUCGACCCUUCCUUCUAUCAAGGGAUUUUGUUUUUGCAAAGCCCCUCGAUGAGAGAGAUACACAGUUUCAGGGUUUUGUACAUCGAGUGGAGAAGAGUUCUAUCAUCUUAGCUGAGUUUGGAGAUGAUUUUCAUUCCCAGCAUCAUUCAAGCAGCAGAUACAACAUCAGCUUUUCUUUCAAUAGAGUUUGCUUGAAGAGAGCUCAUCAAGCAGUUGAAGCCGCCACUGAUCCUUCCUUUGGCAACUUCCUCUUCCCCAUAUGCACAACCAGACGUGAUUUGUUUGCCUUACCAUCUCUUUUUUUUUCAAGUGACGUGCUUUACUCGGACCAAAGAUCCGCAAUCCGUCAGAUUGUAACUCUCAAAGGUUCAGCACCGUUUCUCUUGGAGGGUCCUCUUUGUACACGCAGUCGAGGGCCUCUAGACCUAUCAAAGGCCGGAGUUGUGGUUAGGGAAGCUGUGUCACAAGUAUAUCGACGCUCUAAAGAUCCUCGGAUUCUUGUGGCUGCACCUACAAACAAAACGUGCGAUGUUCUGAUGAGAAGCUUGAAGAAGGACAUCCCAGAUUCCGAGAUAUUUCGAGCAAAUGCUGCUUUCCGUGAGCACGAUGGGGUGCCUGAUGACAUUCUCCCUUCGUGUCUUUAUAAAAAGAAGAGCGAGUGUUUCGCUUGUCCACCCCUCCAGGAACUCCGGAAGUUCAAGGUAAUAUUUUCGACUUUUGUGAGUAGCUUUAGGCUACACAGUGAAGGCAUCAACGCAGGACACUUUAGUCAUAUUUUCCUCGUUGAUGCAUCGUCCACUUCCGAGCCGGAGGCAAUGAUUGUGCUAGCUAAUUUGGCCAAUGAGGAUACAACUGUUAUAGUCACUGGCGCACAGGGAAAUCGCUCGGGGUGGGUGCGAUCCCCAAUUGCUAGGGAGAAUGGUCUCAGGAUAUCAUACUUUGAGAGGCUCAAAGAAUUCACACCGUACAAGAAGCUCGACCCUAAAUUCAUCGCCCGGUUGGACCCUGAGCCAGAAUCAAAUGAAACUAACAGCUGCCUGUCAUAUUGAGUAUCAGUUGCUUUUGGAUACAAGCUCUGGCUACUUCAGAAUGCUCUUGAUGUGCUCUGUUUUCUCAUUUUGCCAUGUUUGAGCUGAGCCGCGUGAGAACGGGAUUGAAAAUGAUGUAGUUAUCAAUAGGUGUACAAUUUGCCCUUAAUAAAUCCAGCAGGUUGGUUAUUUAGUUUUGUAAUUCAGUUAUAAAGCUCCUUUUACAUGAAUUUCACAGCUUCUCUUCUCCAAUUCUCGAGCCUCAUUUGAAGUAAAUAGCUGUUUCCUUCGAAAUUUUCUCCUCUGGUUCUGCAGAAGCUGUCAGCACCUGAAGUUGGCAUCUUUGAGUUUGACAAAAGAUGCAAUACAU